UCCUGCGACCCCGCCCGGGAAGCUGCUCGAGGCUGGGCGGCCCCCGCCACAUCCUCCUCCUGCUCCGAGGCCGAGCCAGCGAGCGGUGCCAGGGCCGAGCCGAGGGCUCCGAGGGCGCGGGCGGAGCAGGGCACGGAGCCAUGGCGCAUCAGACGGGCAUCCACGCCACCGAGGAGCUGAGGGAGUUCUUUGCCAAGGCCCGGGCCGGCUCCAUCAGGCUCAUCAAAGUCGUCAUUGAGGACGAGCAGCUCGUGCUGGGGGCAUCGAGGGAGCCGGUUGGCAGCUGGGACCAGGACUAUGACCGGGCUGUGCUGCCGCUCCUGGACGCCCAGCAGCCCUGCUACCUGCUCUACCGCCUGGACUCGAAGAACGCCCAGGGCUUCGAGUGGCUCUUCCUCGCCUGGUCACCUGAUAAUUCCCCCGUGCGGCUGAAGAUGCUGUACGCAGCCACCCGGGCCACAGUGAAGAAGGAGUUUGGGGGCGGCCACGUGAAGGACGAACUCUUCGGGACCGUGAAGGACGACCUCUCCUUCGCCGGCUACCAGAAGCACCUGUCGUCCUGUGCGGCGCCUGCCCCUCUGACCUCGGCCGAGAGAGAGCUUCAGCAGAUCCGCAUCAACGAGGUGAAGACCGAGAUCAGCGUGGAGAGCAAGCACCAGACCCUGCAGGGCCUCGCCUUCCCGCUGCAGCCAGAGGCCCAGCGGGCGCUUCAGCAGCUCAAGCAGAAGACGAUCAACUACAUCCAGCUGAAGCUGGACCUGGAGCGGGAGACGAUCGAGCUGGUGCACACGGAGCCCACGGACGUGGCCCAGCUGCCCUCGAGGGUGCCCCGAGAAGCCGCCCGCUACCACUUCUUCCUCUACAGACACACCCAUGAGGGCGACCCACUCGAGUCUGUGGUGUUCAUCUACUCGAUGCCGGGGUACAAGUGCAGCAUCCGGGAGCGCAUGCUCUACUCCAGCUGCAAGAGCCGCCUCCUGGACUCUGUGGAGCAGGACUUCCAGCUGGAGAUCUCCAAGAAGGGUCCCUGCCCUGGCGCCCUGCUCCCCCUGCUUCUCCUGGUCCAGGCCACGGCGCUGGCUCCAGGCCCCUUGCCUGCCUUCCUGCCCUGUGAACUUGAGUCCCCCCACAAAGUCAACUGCGCGUGGCUGUUCCUGACGUCCGUGCCCCACUUCUUGGCAUCCGAUCCCCAAGGCAACAUCACCGAGCUUUCCUUGCGCUGCAACCGCAUCCGCCACCUCCACAACGGUGACUUUGCCCCGCUGUCCAGUCUGAAGCGGCUCGACCUCAAGUGGAACUGCCCGCCGAGCAGCCUCAGCAUCAUGCACUGGGCUUGCCACAUGACCAUCGAGCCCAACACCUUCCUGUCCAUGCCCACCCUGGAGGACCUGAACCUGAGCUACAACAACAUCACCACUGUGCCCGCCCUGCCCAGCUCCCUCAGGAACCUGUCCCUGAGCCACACCAACAUCCUGGCCAUCGACCCCUCCAGCUUCAGGGGCCUGCACAUCCUGAGACACUUGUACAUGGACGGCAAUUGCUACUACAAAAACCCCUGCGGCCGGGCCAUGUGGAUGGCCCCGGGCGCUCUCCUCGGCCUCCGCAACCUUGUCCACCUGUCACUCAAGUACGACAACCUCACAGCAGUGCCCCGCCUCCUGCCCCCCAGCCUGCAGACCCUGCUGCUCUCCUACAACCGCAUCACCUCCCUGGGGCCCAAGGACCUGGCCAACCUCACCGCCCUACGCGUACUGGACGUGGGUGGAAACUGCCGCCGGUGCGACCACGCCCCCAACCCCUGCGUGGAGUGCCCCUACAAGUCCCUCAAGCUGCACCCCGACACAUUCAGCCACCUGAGACACCUGCAGGGCCUGGUGCUGAGUGACAGUUCUCUCUACGCCCUGGACGCCAGGUGGUUCAGCCACCUGAAGAACCUCUCCGUGCUGGACCUGAGUGAGAACUUUCUGUACAAAUCCAUCUCCAAAACCAAGGUCUUCCGGAACCUGACGACGCUGCGCAAACUCAACCUGUCCUUCAAUUACCAAAAGGGCAUAUCCUAUGCCCACCUGUGGCUGGCAGAGUCCUUCCGCAGCCUGACCUCCUUGCGGCAGCUGGACAUGACUGGCAUCUUCUUCCGCUCACUCGAUAACGGCACGCUCUGGCCGCUGACCCGCCUGCCCGCACUGCAGAACCUGAGUCUCCAGAUGAAUUUCAUCAACCAGGUCAACCUCAGCCUCUUCCAGGAGUUCCCACAACUGCGCCAGGUGGACCUGUCCAACAACCGCAUCACCGGGUCCGCGGGGUCAGCGGGGCCAACGGGGUCGGAGGGGUUGGUGGCCUCCGCAGUGGGGGUCAGUGCCGAGGAGGAGGUUUGGCCGUUGCCCAGGAGCCUCGCUCCAGGCCCCCUGGAUGCCCCUGGCUCUGAGGACUUCAUGCCCAGCUGCAAGGCCUUCAACUUCACCUUGGAUCUGUCUCGGAACAACCUGUUGACCGUCCACUCCGAGAUGUUUGCCGGACUGUCGCACCUGCAGUGCCUGCGCCUGAGUCACAACAGCAUCUCACAGGCGGUCAAUGGCUCCCAGUUCACGCCACUGAGCAGCCUGCGGGUGCUGGACAUGUCCCACAACAAGCUGGACCUGUACCACGGGGGCUCGUUCACGGAGCUGCCCCAGCUGGAGGCCCUGGACCUCAGCGACAACAGCGAGUCCUUCAGCAUGCAGGGCGUGGGCCACAACCUCAGCUUCGUGGCCCGGCUGCCCAACCUGCGCUACCUCAGCCUGGCGCAGAACGCCAUCUACAGCCGCGUGUCCCCGCAGCUCUGCAGCGCCUCGCUGUUGGCCCUGGACUUCAGCGGCAACUCCCUGAACCUCAUGUGGAAGGAGGGAGACUUCUACCUCCACUUCUUCCGGGAGCUGACACAGCUGCUCCGCCUGGACCUGUCCCAGAAUCACCUGCACGCCUUCCUGCCGCACACCGUGGGCAGCCUCCCCAAGAGCCUGCAGCUGCUGCGUCUCCGUGACAACUACCUGGCGUACUUCAACUGGAGCAGCCUGACCCUGCUGCCCAACCUGGAAGUGUUGGACAUGGCAGGGAACCAGCUGAAGGCCCUGACCAACGGCAGCCUCCCUGCUCGCACCCAACUCCGGAAGCUGGACGUCAGCCGCAACAGGAUCAACUUCGUGGACCUCGGCUUCUUCACUCCAGCCACGAGGCUGCAAGUGGUCAACCUGAGCGCCAACUCCCUCAAGACUGUGGAGCCCUCUUGGUUUGGCUCCCAAGUGGCCACCCUGAGGGUGCUGGACGUGAGGAGCAACCCUCUGCACUGUGCCUGCGGGGCGGUCUUCGUGGACUUCCUGCUGCAGGUGCAGCAGGCUGUGCCCGGGCUGUCCAACCAGGUCACGUGCGGCAGCCCGAUGCAGCUGCGCGGUCGCAGCAUCUUCGAGCAGGACCUGCGUCUGUGCCUGGACGAGGCCCUCUCCUGGGCCUGCUUCAGCGCCAGCCUACUGUUGGUGCUCCUGGUGCUGGCUUUCACCCUGCUGAAGCACCUGUGCGGCUGGGACCUCUGGUACUGCUUCUACCUGGGCCUGGCCUGGCUGCCCCGGCGGAGGCGCACCCUGGGCGCGGCCGCCCCGGACUACGACGCCUUCGUGGUCUUCAACAAGUCGGACGGCGCCGUGGCGGACUGGGUGUACAACGAGCUGCGGGUGCAGCUGGAGGAGCACCGCGGGCGCCAGGCACUGCACCUGUGUCUGGAGGAGCGGGACUGGCUCCCCGGGAAGACGCUCUUCGAAAACCUGUGGGCCUCGGUCUACAGCAGCCGCAAGACGCUGUUCGUGCUGGACCGCACGGACCGGGUCAGUGGCCUCUUGCGCGCCAGCUUCCUGCUGGCCCAGCAGCGCCUGCUGGAGGACCAGAAGGACGUGGUGGUGCUGGUGAUCCUGAACCCCAACGCCCACAGCUCCCGCUACGUGCGGCUCCGCCAGCGCCUCUGCCGCCGGAGCGUCCUCCGCUGGCCCCACCAGCCCAGCGGCCAGGGCAUGUUCUGGGCCCAGCUGGGCAUGGCCCUGACCAGGGACAACCGCCACUUCUACAACCGGAAUUUCUGCCGGGGACCCACGACAGCCUAGUGCCGCAGGGGGCUGCCCACGCCCCGCCCCGCCCAACCGUGCCCUCUGCCCAGGACACCCCAACCUGCCUCGCUCUACAGAGGGGCUGUUGGGGGGGCCCCCACCC